UGCCCGGGGGAGGUGAGACGGCCGGCGCGGAGACUGAGGGCGCGCGACCUCGCGGAUGGACUACAACUAACCGUGAGGCUCUGCGGCCGCGCAGGCGCGUCGGGGCUUCAGUCCCCUCCGCUGGGAUUCCAUUGGCUGGAACGUGGGCCUGUGAACUGGGCUGGUUUUCUUGGCCAAAUGGAUAGUGGAGCAUGGAUGAAGUUGACAGGCGGGUCGAGUCUGAAGAAUCGGGCGAUGAAGAGGGGAGGAAGCAGAGCAGCGGCGUCGUGGCCGACCUCAGCGAGCACAGCCUGAAGGAUGGAGCGGAGCGGGGGGAGGAGGACCCACAAGAAGGACAAGAGCUGCCUGUAGACAUGGAAACUAUUAACCUGGACAGAGAUGCAGAGGAUGUGGAUCUGAAUCACUAUCGCAUUGGGAAAAUUGAAGGAUUUGAGGUUCUGAAGAAAGUGAAGACUCUGUGCCUCCGUCAGAAUCUGAUUAAAUGUAUCGAGAACCUGGAAGAGUUGCACAGCCUCCGAGAGCUGGAUCUCUAUGACAACCAGAUCAAAAAGAUUGAGAAUCUGGAUGCACUGACAGAGCUGGAGAUUCUAGACAUUUCUUUUAAUCUACUGAGAAACAUUGAAGGGAUUGACAAGUUGACACAACUGAAAAAACUCUUCUUGGUCAACAAUAAAAUCAGUAAAAUCGAGAAUGUAAGCAACUUACAUCAGCUGCAGUUGCUGGAGCUGGGAUCCAACCGUAUCCGGGCGAUUGAAAAUAUCGAUGCAUUAUCUAGUCUGGAGAGUUUGUUUUUGGGGAAAAACAAGAUCACUAAACUUCAGAACCUGGACGCCCUUUCCAACCUGACAGUCCUCAGUAUUCAGAGCAACCGGCUGACCAAGAUCGAAGGGCUGCAGAGCCUGGUGAACCUGCGGGAGCUGUACCUCAGCCACAACGGCAUCGAGGCCAUCGAGGGCCUGGAGAACAACAACAAACUCACGAUGUUGGACAUUGCGUCAAAUAGAAUAAAAAAGAUUGAAAAUAUCAGCCAUCUAACAGAGCUACAGGAAUUCUGGAUGAACGACAACCUCCUGGACAACUGGAGCGACCUGGACGAGCUGAAGGGAGCCAGAAGUCUGGAGACGGUGUACCUGGAGCGGAACCCCCUGCAGAGAGACCCGCAGUACAGGCGGAAGGUCAUGCUGGCCCUGCCCUCCGUGCGACAAAUCGAUGCCACCUUUGUCAGGUUCUGACCCCCGCACCUCACCUGGCCCCUCUCUGCAAAAGAACUUCCUAGCCACGGUUUUUUAGUCCGCCCGUUGCUCCAGAAGUCGUCACUAUAUCAAGUCACAAACCCAAUGGCAAUAAAAGGCACUGAGUGGUAA